AAUACAUUUUUAUUCUUACUGUACUGGAUCGUUCUUUUUUCUCCGCGCACUAAACCUAAACGCUAAUUGUGCUAAUUAACUCUGUCUGUUAAUAUAACCUAUCAUAGCUAUUCGUUGCUAUACUAUCAAUUCUAUGUCUGAUUCAAAUAGUAAUAGUCAACGUAUCAGUAAUGCCAAUAGUUCUGGCAAGGUCAGUUCGGAUAAUCUGAAUCAUCCUCCUCCUCCACCACAACCUCCUACCCAUUCAAAUGUAUUUGCAAGACCAAAUCAACCAAGAUUACCGAGAUCCGGUAUUAAUGCUGUUCACGUAAAUCAAGCUCGAGAAAUGGUAAGACUUCAUACAAGAGGUAGAUUACCUUCAGGAAAUCAGAAUCAAUUACCCAAUGAAACUUCUUCUUCUUCAAUUGCAGCAGUUGAAACUACUAGAACUUCUGCAACACAUACUAUUACUUCAAAUAAUGAAUCUAUUUCUACUACCAUAAGUAAAACUUCAACUCAUCCUAUAAUGAAUACUUCAUCUUCAUUCCCUAGUAAUAAACAUCCUAAUCAUAAGAAUUCAAAUGUAUCAAUACCUGCUGCUGCUCAUGAUGGAGAAUGUAAUAAUCCCUUAUGUGAACAUUGUGGUGGAGUAAUAAUACCAGCACCUCUGGCAUCAUUCCCAAUUCAAGAUCGUCCAUCAAUAACAAUUAAUAAUUGGAGUAUAUAUACUAUAAAGAAACCCAUAUUAAAUUCUCAAGAAUUAGAUGAUUUAAGUGAAAAUCGAUUUGAUUUCCCCCUUCCAGAAAUGAUCUUUGGAAAUAAUGUAGUUAAAAUAGUUAAUGAUCAAACUGGUGAAAUUAUAGAAUUUAAUGCGCUAGAUGCAUUAGAUUCAAUGGAUUCAGAAACUAAAUUUAAAGUAAGUUAUCAUGAAGAAUGGUUAGCAUCUAGAAAAUCCAAAUCAUCUAAUUCAAGUGAAAAAUCAGAAAAAGCUCUAAAAGAAAAUUCUACAAGAGAUAUGUCUACAUUAACUGAUAAUUUAGAUACAUUAAAACCAUAUGAUUGGACUUAUUCUCCUAAUUAUAAAGGUACAAUUAAUAAUAUAAUAUUCGAAGAAACUACUGAAACUAUCCCUAUUCAUAAAUUAUUAAAACCAGAUCCAAUUUUAUUCUUUGAUGAAUCUAUUUUAUAUGAAGAUGAAUUAGGUGAUAAUGGAAUUUCAAUGCUUUCAACAAAAAUACGAGUUAUGCCUACAUGUUUAUUAUUAUUAUGUAGAUUUUUUUUAAGGAUUGAUAAUGUAAUCUUUAGAAUAAGAGAUAUUAGAAUUUUUAUUGAUUUUGAAACUAAUGUUAUCCUUCGAGAAUAUAAAGAACAAGAAUUCCCCUAUGAUGAAUUAUUAUUAACUGUUACUAGUAAUAAGAAUACUAAUGAUCCUAAAAAAUUAUUAAGAGAUAUAAAUUGGGUAUCACAAAAUAUUCCUGUUAUUUCAACUAUAACUGAAACAAAUCAAAGGAAACUACAUUAGCUUAGUUUAGUUUAGUUUAGUUUAGUUUAGUUUAUCUUAUCUUAUGUUAUGUUAUGUUAUAGUUAAAUUAUAUAUUUAUAGUAAUAUAGCAUGAUUAAUUUAUA